AGUUACUGAGAAAUCACAAGGCAAAGCCAAAAUCCCUCUUCAGAUCCACGGUCAACUGCCCUGAACACAUCCUGCAAAAAGUCCGGAGGAAGGAGAGCCAUGGAUUACUACAGAAAAUAUGCAGCUGUCAUUCUGGCCAUACUCUCUGUGUUUCUGCAUAUUCUCCAUUCUUUUCCUGAUGGAGAGUUUACAAUGCAGGGGUGCCCAGAAUGCAAGCUAAAGGAAAACAAAUACUUCUCCAAGUUGGGUGCCCCAAUUUAUCAAUGCAUGGGCUGCUGCUUCUCCAGAGCAUACCCCACUCCAGCAAGGUCCAAGAAGACAAUGUUGGUCCCAAAGAACAUCACCUCAGAAGCCACAUGCUGUGUGGCCAAAGCCUUUACCAAGGCCACGGUAAUGGGAAAUGCCAAAGUGGAGAAUCACACAGAGUGCCACUGCAGUACUUGUUAUUAUCACAAAUCUUAA